AUGCAGCUGGAGGAGACCAAACUCACCAAUGCCAUCGACUAUAGCGAACUUCAGUUGGAUGAGCUUGAUGAGGUCACUGACUCAAAUCGCCAUGCGGUGCCGGCUGUCUCGCUUCGGGAGAUUCGCUUUUGGGUCAUGCUGAAUACAGACGCUUUCCAUAACCGCCUUCGGCAAGCAACAUUAUCCCAACAGUCGCUGAAGUCUUUUGCUGAGUCCCUGCCUGAGAUCUACGACCAGCGCAAUCCCAUACCAACCUUUUCCAACUUGAAACGCACCCCCCCCGACGCUGGCGAGGAGAGGACGAAACAUGUACCCGAGUCAACGAGCCCCAUGGUCACCACUCUCUGCUUUGGUGUCGGCGAUGGUGGCAAGGCGGUCCAUGACCUGGUUCAUGUUGGAGCGACCCAGGAGAAGAUAUUCAUGUGGAACGGCCUCAGUCAACUCCGUCAAGAUGCUCGGCGUUGCCACAUGGGUGAUGCCGCCACAAAAUGGAACGAUUUCUUCCAGGGGCUUGCCGACAUUGAGUACAACGUCAUCCCUGGAUCAGGCCUCUCGGCAGUGGAUUUCCGCACGCAGUUGAUGGAAUGGCGUCUGAGAUCGCUCCAAGAUGUCCCCACGCGUCGUCCAAGAGAGUCUGCAAGGUCGGGGGCUUCGGCCCGCGAAACGGACUGCACAACCAUGAUUUUUGUUGCAGCACGCUUGGAGAGAGGGCCUUCACCCUCUUCAGCGCAUCAAAACCAAUGUUGUAGCAUACUCUUCAACCUACCUCGAACCUCCAAGCUCAUUCACCCGCGAACUCUCACAGCAUCGCCCUUUCAGACAGUUCUUUACUCACAGAUUCUACUCUCUCAUUUAUCUUUCCCCUCAACUAUCAUUCGCCAUGACCUCUGGUGUCUUCCCACCUUUCAAGCACACCUGGUCUACUCCUCCGAACCUGAGUCCAUCCAGGCACCCGGACGUAAAAAAAAUUGA